AUGCCCUUCAAUACAUCCCCACCAGACCCGCAACACGCAAUCCUCUCCUUCCCCUCCCCGCAUAUCCUCCUCAUAACCCUCAACCGUCCCCGCGACCUAAACUGCAUCAGCACAACCGGCCACCAAGAACUCAAUUCCAUCUGGCAGUGGCUAGACUACGAGCCCUCGCUGCGCGUGGGGAUCCUAACCGGAACAGGGAGGGCGUUCUGCGCCGGCGCAGAUCUAAAAGAUAAGGAUGGGGAUGAAGACGAGGAUGUUGAUGCUAAUUUUAUGUUCAUAGAAUGGAACAACCAAGCUCAAUCGAACAGCACCCGGAAACCCAUGCCGGAGGGCGGCUUCGGUGGGUUAUCAAGACGCAGCGGAAAGAAACCCGUCAUCUGCGCUGUCAACGGGCUGUGCCUUGGAGGCGGGUGCGAGAUGGUCGUCAACGCGGAUAUAGUCGUGGCGUGUCGGCAGGCGUACUUUGGGCUGCCGGAGGUGCAGCGCGGAGUGGUUGCCAUCGCAGGGGCGUUGCCGCGGUUGGUUCGUACGGUGGGACGGCAGCGAGCGAUGGAGAUGGCUUUGACGGGGCGGAAAGUCUCGGCAGAGGAAGCGAAAGACUGGGGGUUUGUCAAUGAGGUGGUGGAUGCGGCAGACCAGGUGGUGAAACGGGCCGUCGAGAUCGCGGAGCUGAUCGCGGCUAAUAGUCCCGAUGCCGUGGUGGUAAGUCGGGAAGGCAUCAAGUUGGGCUGGGAGGGGAUCGGUGCAGAAGAUGGCAGUCGGUUGCUCGUCGAUACCUGGGCAAAGAGGCUAUAUGAGGGGGAAAAUAUCAAGGAGGGUCUGCGCGCGUUUGUCGAGAAGAGGAAGCCCAAGUGGGUGGACAGCAAGUUGUAA